UUAGAAUCCUAAUCUUUAAUAUUUUUCUUUCGACUUUUUUGAUCAGGAAGUUUAGUCAGAAAAUUACCUAUAUGUAUAGCGGACGCAUAUGAGAUUAAAAGCAAAACGUUAUUGGCAUACUUUAAAAUAAAACAUAUUUUCCCAGAAAGUAAAAUAAUGUCGUUGCGAUUAAAAUAAUGUAACUUAAAAAAUGAUGGGUUUAAAUUGAAAUAUUUAAAACUUUUGGUUGAAGUACUUUCGGUUUUAAGAAUUUGUGCAUUAUUAAAAAUAUAAAACGUCAAAAGUAUCAAACCCCUUAUAAACGAUUAUAAAGUAUGCAUUUGUAACUGUCGACCGUGACGCGAAUCUAAUCGAAAAAUGUAAAUCAAUAUUAUGUGUAGGUGUAGAACACGUUACGAAUAUUCUGAUACCUUUCUCGCACUUUAUUCAUAAAAAAUAUUGUUAAUACAACUGUUUUUUUUAUUUAUUCUAUUGAAUUUUCUAUCAAGUUUUAGUCAGAGUAGUUUUGUUGUCAGCAAUAUCGUCCGCCAAUCAUUAUAUUUAAGAAAAAAUGUCGCUGAUAGUUGUCACUGUUAUCAAACGCGUAAAAUAUCAUUUUCGAUAAAUCCACAACCGGUUCGUCCGGGAAACACGCGACGUUAUGGAAAAACACUGAAAACCAAAAAUCAUAAAUAUAAUAUAAAAAAAAUAAUAAUAAUUAAAUAAAUAACAACCGAUACGACGACGACGAUGACAGUGGACACGACUUAAAUGGCAACGUUGCGAAAACGCCUGAACCUGACGAUGAACGUCUGCCGGCUUUUCGGACUGGGUCUGGAGCCGGACGACGCGGCGGCCGCCGUGGUGGACGCGCUGAUCUUCCUGGUCAACCUGAUGUACAGCGCGUACGGGUUCGAUCACGUGACGUCUGCGGUGCAGCAACGGAUGCCGCUCAUAUGGGACAUCACAACGGUGAUGAGCGUGGCCAAGGUGUACACGUACCUGCUGACGCCGCCGGUGAUGUUGAUCGUUUGGCAGUGCAACAAGCGAUCGUUUACAGACGUGUUGCACGCACUUGACCGAGCCGCCGUCGCCGACAAGCCAGCGUCGCUGAUGCCGUUCUUCCGGUACUCAGUGGUGUGGCUGUCCAUGUCCGUGCUCAUCGAGUUCGCCGCGUACACCAUGUUCCACCUUGACACCAACUUCGUGUACUUCACGGUCACGGAGUACGGCAUGAUAGCCGUGUACAACGUGUGGACGACGGUGCCGCUUCUGAUGUACACGUUCCUGUUGGACGCGAUCCGGACGUCCGUCCGGGACAUCAACGACCGUCUGAUCACCGUCGAGGACUGGCGGACGUACCGAGGACGGUGGGACGACCUCAGGCAGGCUGCCGUCCACCAGACACGCGACCUAUUCGGCGUCAGCAUCGUCGCGUUCAUCAUGUGCACGAUCGCCGAAAUCGUGUUCUUCGGGUUCUCGCUGUACCUGUUCGGCAUCAAAGUCUAUCACGUGGAAGCAUUCCGAAUAAUCGUGUAUUUCAUCAACGUGGUGUUCAGUAUCACUUGGAUGUUCGAGAUAAUCCGCAUGACGAAAAACUGCAAACUAGAGCUACUGAGAACACAAAAGGUCUUGAAUUCAAUUAGUAUAAAAUUCAAUAAUUCCGAUUACAAACAGAUAAAAUAUGCAUAUUUAUACAUGUUACACGCAGAUUUAAGAUUCAUGCCAUGCAAUAUUUUUGAAAUGAAUUACAGGAGUCUAAAAUCAAUUAUCACGUUAGUUGCAGCAUUUCUGAUUUUUCAAGUUCAAAUGAAAUUAAACUGAAAAAUAAUAUCAGAUUCCGUAUACUAAGAUGAAAUUAGAAUUACCGUAAAUAUUAUGUAGGACCGACAUAACGAAGAAGCAAUACUCAAACACAGCAUCCACUAAAACCAUAAUGAAGCAAUAGACCCAGGUAUCUUAAGCUACUUCAUUCUCUUCUUCGGAAAUCGGACUGGAAUUCCAACAAUAUUUUAAUUCGAUAUAUAUGUAUGAGAAAUAUACUUAAAAAAAAUUGUUUAAUUUUAUAUUGUAAAAAAUAAAUUAAAACCAAAAAAUAGGGAAAAAUACAUUAUUAGUUAUCACAAUAAAUUUUUAAUAUAAUAAAAUAUUUUUAUGUUAUUGAACUAAUGAACUAACUAUUUUUUUGUAAAAGUAAAAUAAAGAACUUAAACCAAUUUAAAUAUAUUAUAAAAUAUCUUUUGAAAUUAAGAUUUGUAUUUUUUAUCGUAUAUAAGGUUUUUCACAGAGUAUUAAUUAAAUUUUUUCGUUUUUAUCAUAAACUCGCAAGCAAACGGUGCGUAACUACAAUAAAUAGCGCUAAGGGUAUGCGGGUCUUCAUCUAAGUGGAAUGACAGCCAAGCUUAUACAAGCACACUAAACACAUUAAAAAAACAUCACAGUAUCGUAUAGAACAUUAAUUGGAUAGAGUAUCUCCGAAUUUAAUGUCAAAAAAUACGAAAUACAUUUUUUUUUUAAAUCACAUUAUGUACAAUACUUUAUGAAGGAGUAAGUUUUCUGAUUCAAAAUUCCUAAUGUAUGAUCGAAUGAGUUGCCUAUUUAAUGUGUACGCAUAAAAACGUAAAAAAUGUCAAAUUGUAUUUUUUAUCCAGUU